GUCAUGUUAGCAGCUGCUGUGGUCCUCGCGCUGCGUUAUGAAUCAUAUGACUGCAAGAAUUCACAAACUUCCUGUUCGAGAGCACAAGUGAAAGCAAGAAACCCGAGUCUCAUAUUAAAGCGAAUGGCACCCAGAAAAGCGUCUUGCUGGAGACAAUGUGCAUAAUCUCUAGAGAAUGGAGGAGCUGAUAGGAGACAGGAGAGUUGAGGACGAAAGGAGUUUGAUAAAAACGCCAUCCAAUGUCCAAACCAACUACCAAGACAAUGACGUGCCCACACCCACAGAUCAGAUCCAGCACGCCACCACGCCAUGUUUCGUGUACACCCUGGCUUUCUUCUCGGCUCUGGGUGGAUUCCUGUUUGGCUAUGACACAGGAGUGGUGUCUGGAGCCAUGCUUCUGCUGAAGAGAGAGAUGAACCUGAGCUCUCUGUGGCAGGAGCUUCUGGUCUCCAUCACUGUUGGCGCCGCGGCUGUUUCCGCUCUGGCUGGAGGGUUUCUCAACGGGCUUUUCGGCCGGAGAAUCUGCAUUCUGCUCGCUAGCUUCAUCUUCUCUGCUGGAGGAAUCCUCCUGAGUGUCGCACACAGCAAAGAGGUUCUUCUGUGUGGAAGGCUCACGGUUGGCCUUGGCAUAGGAAUUGCAUCCAUGACUGUGCCCGUGUACAUCGCUGAGGUGUCCCCUUCUCAUCUCCGAGGUCAGCUGGUCACCAUUAACACUCUGUUUAUCACUGGUGGGCAGUUCGUAGCCAGCGUGGUGGACGGGCUCUUUAGCUACCUGCCCCAUGAUGGCUGGAGAUAUAUGUUGGGUUUGUCUGUUGUUCCCGCCGUCCUGCAGUUCACGGGGUUCCUCUUCCUCCCCGAGAGUCCUCGCUGGCUCCUGCAGAACGGAGAGACCCAGAAGGCUCGGCUGGUGCUCCGGCGGAUCCGCGGAGGAGUUGAUGCGGAGGAAGAGUAUGAGAGCAUACGGAGGAGCAUUGAGGAGGAGAGGAAUGAAUCUUCUGGUGGUCCGGUGUUGUGGCGAAUCCUAACGUACGCUCCGACACGUCGCGCGCUCAUCGUGGGAUGUGGCCUACAGAUGUUCCAGCAGCUCUCGGGAAUCAACACGGUCAUGUACUACAGUGCCACCAUUAUUCAGAUGUCUGGCGUGCGGGACGAUCACAUGGCCAUCUGGCUGGCGGCCGCCACAGCCUUCACCAACUUCAUGUUCACUCUGCUGGGCGUUUGGCUCGUGGAGAGGGUGGGCCGCAGGAAGCUGACUCUAGGAAGCAUACUAGGAACUGCUGUGAGUCUGAUGGUUCUCGCUGCUGGUUUUCUGCUCUCGGCUCAGGCGUCUCCACCCGUGACCUUUCACCCUACUGACUCCCUCCACAACUCCACAUGCAUUCAUUAUGGGUUCUGUGAAUCCUGCAUGCUGGAUCCAACUUGUGGUUUCUGCUACGGUGUGAACGGCACAUCAGUGGUCGAGUCCUCGUGUGUGUCUGUAUCUGCGGCCAACACUGAGACCUCUGCAGCGGGCAGGUGUUCUAACGGCACACAGGAGAGCGCAGGACUAUUCUGGGCCUAUAACUACUGCCCAACGUCAUACUCCUGGAUCGUUCUGCUGGGUCUCGUCCUGUAUCUGGCCUUCUUUGCCCCAGGAAUGGGUCCGAUGCCCUGGACGGUGAACUCUGAGAUCUACCCGCUGUGGGCUCGUAGUACUGGGAACGCCUGCUCUGCCGGGGUCAACUGGAUCUGUAACGUCCUUGUGUCUCUGACCUUUCUCCAUGUGGCCCAGUACCUCACGUACUACGGCGCGUUCUUCCUGUACUCCAGUCUGGCAGUGCUGGGCUUUGUGUUUGUGCUGGGCUGUCUGCCGGAGACCAAGGGUCUGCGCCUGGAGGAGAUCGAGUCUCGGUUCGCCCGACGACUCUGCAGCUGUGGAGCCAGCGGGAGUCAGGGCGGUCACUACAUCAGGGUAACGGGAGAAAGCGGAGACGUCACGGAUGAUGACUAGAUUCUGCUCUGUCUUUCCUCGUGCUGUGGUUCUCAUUCCAGAGAUUCAACAGUCUAGUUGACUCACACAGAACUGAUUCAGUUCAACUACAUUGAUUCUCCCUAAACAAAGGAGAUUUUAUCAAGAUGUUCACUGGUGGUUCUGUGGUGAUUGUAUUUGCACAUGUA